CCUUGGAAAAAGUCCACAUACAGCUAAUUAGGUGGAGAACUUCAAAACUAAAUGUUUAGAGUAGCAUCAUGGCUAAUGAUUCUCUGGCUCGAUCACCAGUCAUUAGAAUCAACAAAUAGAAGAAGACAGUUUCAGCGAUUGAUUUGAUUUGAUUUGAUUUGUCAAGCAUGUCGUUCAGGUACAGGCGCAGCAGCAGCAAUAAGAAAGAAGACUGGGUUAUCAAGGAAAUCAGUCAGAGUCCCAGAAGAACUGUUCCCACGAUCUCAGAGCCAAGGAAGACUCCUUUCAGGCUCUGUUCUGCCAUUGCUAUCGUUGCCAUAGUUCUUGCCCUCGUUGUUACUGCUACAUUUGUUAUUCACAUUUCUCACAAAAAUGUUUUGCCCUUUGCUUUACUUACCAAGCAAGAGAGAUUCCUGCAAAUGAAAGGAUUUGAGAUGCAGAGGGAAUCAAAGGAAAGCAAAUCAAAUACCCAUUCUGGAAACGAGGCUGUCUAUAUUGAGGAUGUGGUUCUACUUCCUGAUGAAGUGGUUGCCAUGGUCCUCCUGUCCUCUGCAACUUCUAGUCUAUUAGGGCAGAGAUCCAUGGUUGUAUGUGUAUAUUCUGAUAAAAUCUUUACAGAGGUCAAUGGAAUUGAAUACUUGGAUGGCCGAGCUGCUGUAAGAUGCCAACUACCUGAGAAAAAAGAGGCAGAGGCCUAUAAGCAUUAUAUAAAAAGAUUGCUGUCUCUGAAACUAUUGAACAGAGAUCUAAACAGACAUGUCAGGCAAAUAAAUAAGCCUUCUGAUGAAAGUAUCUUAAAGUGGGACUUUUUAAUUUAUGAAAGCUUUUCUACAAGUACAGAUGUGGUUUUGUUUGCCAAAGGAUUGAAUCACAGACAAGGAGUCAAUACAGAUCCCGAAUCUCUGCGCUGUGUGUACAAUGGUACAGUGGAGACAGCUGUGACAGUCUCCAGCCAAGAAGUCUUCAGAUGUAAGCAUCCAAAUAAAGCACACAGAUCAGAGCUUUUAGGCACAAGAAUUUCUCUUAGAUGGCAAGGAAGGCUGAUUCCAUCUGUGGCUUACUAUCAACAGCCUCAGGAUCAGCACAGAGAAGAUGAUUUCAGCCACAGAGAAGUACUCUGUUCAUGCACCAUGGUAUUCAAUGUGACAAAGUUUCUCAAGGAAUGGGUCACGUAUCAUUCACAUUUGGGUGUAGGGCACUUUUUUCUGUAUGACAACAACAGUGAGGAUAACCUGGAAGGAACUGUGGCUGCUCUGGGAGGUGAAUUCAAUGUAACCAGGCAUCCCUGGCCAUGGGUAAAGACUCAGGAGGCUGGAUUUUCACACUGUGCUUUGCUUGCCAGAAACAAAUGCCAAUGGAUGGUAUUUGCAGAUGUGGACGAGUUCAUUUUUUCUCCUGAGUGGCUAGAUCUUGUGAAAGAAGAUACCCAAUUCACGGAAGAAGCAAAUAAGACCAAAUCUGGGUCAAACCCAUCACAAAUUGGCAGAAAAGCAUUAGAAUCAUUGGUGAUGGAGAGAAGCAAAAACAUUACAGAUAGUGAAACCCAAACUGGGCAAAUAUCUAUAAACUGUAAUAACUUUGGGGCAUCAGGGCUGAAGGUGCACCCUGAGAGAGGAGUCACACAGGGCUACACAUGCAGAGAAAAAGCCCAACACCGCCAUAAAUCCAUUGUAUUGCUUGAAGCACUUUCCCCUUCUUUGCUCAAUGUGAUUCAUCAUUUUCAGCUAAAACCAGGUUACACAACGGAUCAUCUGAGAUCCAAUGAGGCAGUGAUAAACCAUUACAAGUACCAGGCGUGGAGUGAAUUUAAGUCCAAGUUCAGAAGGAGGGUAUCGGCAUAUGUUGUGGAUUGGACAGAAGCGAAGAAUGCAGAGUCACAGGAUAGGACUCCUGGGCUGGGAAAGGAGGCCAUUGAGCCUCCUGACUGGGAAAACAGAUUUUGUGAGGUCAAUGAUACGGCAUUGAGAGACUUCAAUCUGAAAGUAUUUUCUUCAGGCUCAAAAAUGCUUUGGCAAUUGUAAGGUUAUCCAUUAUUUACCCAUCUGUUAACCAGGAAAACAGGAGGAGAAAAAGUAAAUGCUUUUUUAGGGUACAAAUUUAAGUCCGAGCCUGCAAAUAUUCAUCCCCUGUACUAACCUUUUUGUCCCCAAACUCUUGAAACCAUUUGCUUUUUUUGCUGCUGCAAUUACGUAUCUAGUUAUAGAUUUGUCAUCAAUAAGUGUCUUACUUGAUAAGACAAUGAGCAUUCAAUUGAGAAAAGUAUAAUAAAAUAUUUUU